AUGGUCGGUGGUCUAAACACGGAAAGCAAUGAUGCGCUUGAAGAAAUAUCGAUGAUUCCAAAAGAAGAAAGAAAAGGCUUCUUAGAUCUCAUAGUGAGCUUUAUGUCUACGGACACAGUGGAAAACGAUGCCAAAGCCGAAACACUGCUAUUGACUGCAGGACUACAUGAGAAUACCGACAUGGAUGGUGCCAGUGCUUGGAAUGUAUUUAACAAUCACGCGAUGGCAACUGGUGAUGAAGGUAAUAAACUGAUCGAGGACCAAGUGAACCAUCAGGAUGAUUCAUUAGUGGAUGCUUUUCAAGAGAAGAAUAUGGAUCUUGAUUUUAAUUGGCUAUCAAGUACCUCUCUAGAGGAGGAGGAGGAAAAGCAUAAGCAACUUGGGGACCAGCAUGUUACAUUUGAGCUACCAUCUAGCCAUACACAAGAUGACUACAAUACCGCCAACAACAAUGUCAAGAAUGAAUAUAAGAGUGGACAUAAUAGAAAUAACGAUGUCGGGGUGGAAGUUGAUGACCCAAAGCAGAAAGACGUCCUCAAACAACGGAGAAUGAACAUCGGAAUAGUGACCGAAAACCCGACUACUAUCAUGGGCCGGUCUUUCUUGGGUUGUUUUUAUGUUGCAUUGGUGACUAGGGUUAUUAGCUGGCUAGUAUAUGUCAAUAUCUUGAUUAGGCCUAAAGAUUAUUUACCGAAUUACUUUCCAUACGGAGCUAUAGGAAUAAGAAGACUGCACCAAGACUUUCCAAUUCUUCCAAUCAUAGGGGACUGGUUGGAUUUUGUUAUGUCUGUCGUUGCGGCUGUGGGGAUUUGCUUCUUUUCCUUCAACCUUCUAACCUGCUCUAAGACGAACAUAGACAAGAUAAUUGAAUCGAAAUACAGUUACCUUCGUUGUGUGGGGGCAAUUUUGGUCUGUGUUUGGAUAUAUCUCUCGGGUUGUUGGGUAGUACAUUCUUUUUGUAGACACUUCUUCUUCUGGAGCCCGGCUCUGGUACAUGGCGUUAUUGCGCUAAUAAGUUGUAUGACUGUUGGGGGAAUGUUGCGGCUUUUCGCUCCAGGCGUUGCAUGGGGGAAUCCUUGGCGCAAUAUACAUGCAUCCAGAGGACUUCCGUUUCUAACAUUACUCGCAUUUCUUAAUCUCCUUGGACUACUAAGUAGCAUUACUGUUACUCCAAUGAUCCAGAGCCCGGCAAUUGUUACGACAGAUAGACAAUACAGUGGCUAG